AUGCGCUUUCGCUUCUUGUUCCUUGCGUUGAUACCAGCGGUCAUUGCAAGUCCGUCUCCUGACGGGAACAACAGGGAGGUCGACAUCUCUUCGAACGUGGAACCAAUUACAGCCACUGUCUUCGUAUACCCAUCCACCGAUGAAUUCAGUCGUGAUCGCCAGGAUGAAGAGACUGAGUGCAACUUAGAGGCUUUCUACGGAGAUCGUGUCGAAAAAACCCACGAUUCCAAUGGAAAGCCGUGUUGGAAGUUGUCCCUGAUCGAAGGCGAGACGAUUGAUGAUCUCCGGGGUUGGAGCGACAUCGAUAUCCCCGGUGUGAGCUACGAGGAGCGGAAACUGAGAUUCACGAAGAGGAAGGUACCUCCAAAACCGCCAACAUAUUGGGCAGUAGCCAAGGAUCCGGAUGCCACCGAGGAGAAUGCAAAGAUUUUCGCGUACCUCAAGACCAAGACCAAGCCUGGGGAGGAUAUCUAUGAGCUCACGUGUUACGGAGGACUGAGAUGGGGCCCGCUAGAUUUGAGUCCAGAGGGCGUUUUGGAAGUUACGCAGCAUCCCGGCAUCCUCCCAGAAUUACAUGAUUUGAUGGAGGACAGCAGGUACGAUGGCUUGGGUGGUAACCUGAAAAGCUUCAUCUACGAUGCCAACGCCGGAAAGGGCACUUGGAUAUACGUCAUUGACCAGGGUGUGGCAGUUGGCACGCGCCAGGGCAACCUCAAGGAUAAACACGAACUCGUCGUUGAUGUAGAGGACAUUCUACAGACCGAAGCCUCCAAGUUGAAGGGGCAGUCGAGAGACACAGAUGACGACGCACCACCUGAAGGCACUCCUGCGGAAGGCUCACACGGUACAAUGAUGGCUUGUAAAGCUGCGGGGAAACGAUAUGGCAUAGCUAAGCAAGCCAAGAUUGUCCCUGUCAAGAUACUCCAUACCGCCGAUGAUCUCCUCGUAGGGUUGAAAAUCGCUUUCGCCGACAUACGCGACAAAGGUCGAGCUCUCAAGAGUGUUGUCGUGGUUUCUCAAGCCGUUCCUGGGUCCACUACGCGCGACCAGGCUUUGAAAACCGAGAGAGGAAGAGAUUUCUUGAACGCAAUCAACGACAUCAUUGCACUUGGCACACCAGUCGUCCUUGCAGCGGGCAAUGAGCGUGAUGCAGAUGAGGGCACACGCGAGGACAUCGAUUUGCUGCCGCAGGUUUUGGAACAUCCGGAUAUGACGCCCAUCAUCAAUGUCGGUGCCGCGAAAAUCUCGGGAGAUCGAGUCGAAGACUCGCAGGGGGGACCUCAGCUAUCUAUUUACGCGCCUGGCAACCUGGUCUUUUCUCUUACGAGGGACAGCAGAAGUGAAACCUUCCAGGGCACCUCCGUCGCUGCUCCUGCUGUUGGAGGACUUAUUGCGACAUACUUAGGAAUGGAGGAUAUCCCUUCCGAGUUCCGUGACUCAACCGGAAUUGAGCGAGUCAAAGCGAUUCGUGAAUACCUCAAGUCCGACAAGUCAAGCUGGGUGCAUAAAUCAGGGACCGAGGUUCGCAUGAUCUGGAAUGGAGCAGAUGAAGACGCACAUCGCGUCAGAUACGACUGUUACCCGGAGGUAAGUAGUGAGGACGAUGGUACCGGAUCCAGUGACUGUCUUGAAUACAUGCCUGCAACCCCCCCAGUUGUACCGGCUCCCGAGCCAGAGUCCGCAUCGGCUGGCUGCAGCGUCAAACCGUCGUUCGGUGGUGGGGAGUAUACUGUAUGGGGGGCAGGAUGGGCAGACGACGAUGGCGCGAGACUAAAGCAAGACCUUGGUGGUGCUGGCGGCGGAGUCCAAGACUUCGUCUUCAAUCGAGGCGCCGGAGAUGGAGGACGUGAGUGGACGGCUACAUUCGUCGGCUUGUUUGAAGCUUUGGAUGCUGAGGGUGUCAUCGAUACUGUUGCAGGUCAUGGAGUCAACGUGGUGUGUGCUGCUGCUUGA